AUGUCUUCGAAUAUGCUGCGAGGCCGAAGUAUACCUCCUCCCCCAAGGGUCCCGCCGCUGCGGUCCCAGACCGAGUUGACAGAGCCGCUCAAUAGCCAGCAGCCUGGGGCUAGUCUUGGAGCUUACGAGACUCGGCAGCGAACCCAAUUGGUGGUCGACGGUUUUUCGAAUCUGGCGCUUCUGGCCAUCUUGUUCAGUGGUGUCCAGGCCCAAUUCAUCUCCUCUACCAGUACCGAUAAUUCGAAUGCCGCAGCUAGGGCAACUAACGCUGUCUUGUUUGGAGGGCUGAUCCUUUCGGUUUGCAGUGCUCUGCUUGCCACUCUCUCCGGCCGGUGGUUCUCGAUUCUGCGCGAAGAUGAUUCGGAAUUCCUAUCGAGCCAUUGGCUCGCAGCCGAGUCCAGACAGAAAGGUGUACCCGUCCGAGAGUAUCUCAAGUUUCAGAGGGAUGCGUGGUUGAGCAAGCUUCCAAUUCACCUUCAGCAAUCUUACUCUCAACCGCUUAGUCCUGAUGGAGCUAAGAGUGAGAGUGGCUCUCUGUGGCGCAAUGCAAUGACGAGUUCGCCCGUCCAAGAAUUAAAUGACAUGGAGGGAGGUGUUUUGGGUCAAAAACAUGCACCGACGUCCAAGAUGGCUCCUAAUCCAAGAGAACGAGAUGUGCAAUUCGUCAUUAACAUGAUAGACGAGGAGAUGAGCGGAGACACUACUCUUCGUGAGGUUAUCGUAAGCAAAAUAUUGCUAUGUGCGGUGGGCAUUUGCUGCGCUGCGUUUGCACUUUUUGCUGUUGGCAUCAUGUUGCUCGUCUGGAAUACACAACCAUUCGAUGUCGCGCUAUCAACGACAAUACUUCUUGGGCUUAACUUAAUUAUAAUGCCUGGGUUCUUCCUGAAACACCGGCACAAGCGCGUCAUUAGUCAGCUCUCUUUGGGGAGGGCUGCGUGGUAG